CUCAUUUUCUUUUAUGAAUGCCGUUUCUGGUUCCUGUUUUUUCUUUUUAAUUUUCUAUUUUCAUUAUUUUAGGUCAUUUGAAGCUUGUACUAAUCCGGAAAUAUGUUUCAAAUUGCGAAAAUGCCAUUUCUUGGUUUUCCGUUGCUGACUUUGAGAUUACAUAUUCAUUCAGAGAUCGUAUUGACACCACUCCAAAAGUCUUUCAAACUAAAAGAAAUCCAAGUGCCUGUUCACGGAUUGCAAUAAAAAUUACCAGAGGGAUGUCCAAAAAUGCUAUGAGUGAUAGGACUUGGACUCUCAUGGCAAUGCUGGAAGGAAAAGCCACCAGCACCAACGGGCAUUCCAAACAUAAAAUUCCACACGUCUUGACUGUUGCGGGUUCCGAUUCUGGAGCUGGUGCUGGAAUCCAAGCUGACCUCAAAGCCUGCGGAGCACGUGGAGUUUACUGUUCGUCUGUAAUAACUGCAGUUACCGCGCAGAACACAGUUGGGGUUCAGGGAGUUCAUCCUGUUCCAGAAGACUUUGUUGCCGAGCAAUUGAGGUCUGUGCUUUCUGAUAUGCAGGUUGAUGUGGUAAAGACAGGCAUGCUCCCUUCUAUUGGUGUUGUGAAAGUUCUAUGCCAAAGUCUCAAGGAGUACCCAGUUCGAGCUUUAGUGGUUGAUCCUGUCAUGGUAUCUACGAGUGGGGAUGUGCUUGCCGGUCCUUCUAUCCUUGCUGGAUUUCGAGAGGAGCUUCUUCCAAUGGCUGAUAUAGUGACCCCUAAUCUGAAAGAAGCUUCCGCUUUACUUGGUGGCGUGCUAUUGGAAACAGUAGCUGACAUGUGUUCUGCAGCAAAAUCAAUACACAGUUUGGGCCCCAGAAACGUGCUUGUGAAGGGUGGGGACCUCCCAGAUUCCUUAGAUGCUGUUGAUAUAUUCUUUGAUGGUUAUGUUUGGAGCAUCCUGGUUCCCAAGGAAAACAUGAUGACGGCAAAUCGCAGUUUUGAUUUGGGAUGGAAAAAGAUGCCCACCUUAGUGAAGCAUUGCCACGCACUCCGCGCAUCGCGAAUAAGGACUCGUAACACACAUGGAACUGGUUGUACUCUAGCAUCAUGUAUAGCUGCUGAGUUAGCUAAAGGCUCUCCGAUGCUUCCAGCUGUGCAGGCGGCUAAACGCUUUGUUGAGACUGCUCUUCAUUACAGCAAAAACAUCGUCAUUGGACAUGGGCCUCAAGGUCCCUUUGACCACUUUUUCAAGCUUAAGAAUCACAUUGGCAGUCCAUAUUCAAGGCGGCAAUUUGAUCCUAAUGACCUUUUGUUGUAUGCGGUUACUGACUCUAGAAUGAAUAAAAAAUGGGGACGUUCUAUUACAGAUGCUGUUAAAGCAGCCAUUGAAGGAGGUGCCACCAUCAUUCAGCUAAGAGAAAAAGAGGCGGAAACACAGGAAUUUGUGGAAGCUGCUGAAGCGUGUAUUGAAAUUUGCCGAUCCCAUGGAGUUCCCCUACUUAUAAAUGACAGAUUGGAUGUUGCUCUUGCUUGCAAUGCAGAUGGCGUGCAUGUUGGCCAGUCCGACAUGCCAGUGCGAGUAGCCCGCAUGCUUCUCGGGCCCGAAAAGAUCAUUGGGGUCUCAUGCAAGACACCUGAGCAAGCCCAACAAGCCUGGGCUGAUGGUGCUGAUUACAUUGGCUGCGGUGGUGUUUAUCCGACAAACACCAAGGAAAACAAUCUCAGUGUCGGUUUGGCGGGUCUGAAGACGGUUUGUAUGUCUUCCAAAUUACCAGUGGUUGCAAUUGGCGGUAUUGGUGUUGGGAAUGCUAGUUUGGUCAUGGAAAUUGGUGUUCCGAAUCUGAAAGGUGUUGCAGUCGUGUCUGCUCUUUUCGACCGAGAAUCUGUUUCCAGGGAGACUCGCAGGCUUCGUGCAGUGCUGAUGGCUGCAACUUUGGCUGCAACUUCGACUGAAGAAUGAUUGGUAAGAGUUUAUUAUAUGUUUCAAUUAAAUGAAUGGAUAAUCUGAGAUAGAACGAGAAAAAAUGAUAUUAUUUUGACAAUCACCAUCGCUACCAGUAAAAUCAGAAAUGACCCUGAAAAUGUCGGAACUGGUUUUUUGUAUACAGGUCUUUUCUUGACCGAUGUACACAAUAGAUUGAUAAUGUACUUGCAAAGGGUGAUUUUCUUUGA